AUGUCAGCACUGGCGCUUGUGCUGCCGUACAAUAUCUACAAGAAGAAAGUGGGCGUUGAUGAGGGGCACAGCAAUAGUUUUCCCAAGAGUGAUUGGUUUUCGGGCUUAUUGAAGCAACAUGGCUUAGAGGAUCUGGUUUCAAGCAGAAAGCAGCCAGCAUCUGGCCGCACUGCACAGAAUGAGCGACCUGUGUCAUAUCUGGUAAAACUCGUUGCAGAUGUGGAGUACAGCGGGCCUUUGACGGUCUUGGAUGAACAGUGCAAGUUCUUGUGGGAAUAUUUCAAUUACCCAGCAGAUGCAUAUACUGUGCGAGUGGCUCGAUGUUUCAAAUAUGCUACUCCCGUAUUUCUCGGCUUCGAUCGGCAUCGUCUGAACGGUUUGGUGUGCGAGCCCGGUGUUCCAACGGCAGAUUUGGCACGUGCUCAGGCUGCCUGUGUGUCGGACAGGGAGCAGAAGUUUUUGAGUGGGGAAGAUUUGCAGCAUGCUUUAGGGAUUAGCGACCAACAGUUUGCAGAGUUCCUAGCAAAUCCGAUAAUCUUCCGUCGGGCGUGGAGCUUGGUCGAAGCUGAUGCUGCGAGCCUCUUGGCAGACUCGCAAAGCUGUGGCAGUGCAACGAUUGCGUUCGGGGAUGAAGAGGUGGAGGAACGCCAGGCUGAAACGUUCGAGUGGGAGCAGCUGGUUUGUCGUUUGGACUCCUUCGUGGCCAGUUUAGGGGGUGGUCGUAAGGUUCAGCAAGGGUUUGCCCACCCGUCUUUGGGGAAGGGCAACAGGUUUGAUAUCGCCACCAUGGUCAGCUCCUUGGCAGCAGCCAUGCACUUGCGUAACCGGACAGAGUUGAGAUCAACUGUGCAAAACAUCGUGGAGUCUCUUUUUUCGCCAAUCGAUUUUGACAGCACCGUGUGGGAAAAAAUUCCUUCUGGACCGACGUUGUCACGGUCCCAGCUUCUAAUCGAUGCAGCGCUUUGUGGUUACAUGCGUGAGCGAUUUUCCCAGCACGACUUCGUGCUGUAUCUGCUAGCGGAUUCUUCCCCGCAAGCGGGGCACGACUACCUGCUUUCCACGGCUGUCAUGAUUCGGCGUGAUGAGUUGCAAAAGUGUGCUGAUGCAGCGAAGUACAUGCGAGCUUCGUGGGAUGAUUUCGUUUCUGCGUACAAGAAUGACGAUCAUAACAAGAUGAAAGAUAUCGCGACGAGCCGGCAGCUGCACGGGUGCACAUUGAAAAGUUGUAUCUUGACACACCGGCUUCUGCCGAUGGCUAUGGGGAGCGGCGCUUCUGGCCUAGAUCACAAGGCCUCAGCUCUCGCCAGGUCUCUUUUUGCAGAGACACAAAGCCUUCCGGAUUUGCAACGAGUUUUGUCGCAGGUCGUCAGUUUCACCACUGACAUGGGGACUGAAUUCAGCAUUGCUGACAUGGCAGGGUUGACUCUUAAAGAAAUCCUACCUUCCUGGGCAUCAGAAGGGCAACUGGAGAGGGAUUUUGAUGAUUGCGAAGCUGAGCCGCUCCCGCCUCAAGCUCAGGCUGAUUCGGAGGGUUAUUUUUUGCCACGUGCCAUAACCGUCCCAGGUUUGAAUCAUGUGAUAGAUAAUAUGCUGUCCGACAUGAACCAAGCGUUUUCAUGUUGGGACUCAUGGAUCGGUGAGUUCAAACCUUUGGUUGCCCUUCUUCACCACACACAUCUGAGGCAACGAUUUGUUGCUACAUGCCUCAAGGAUACCCGACACUCUUGGAUGCAGCGGCAUUUCGAGACAGGUGUUCCUCAGUAUGCAGAUUGGAGGUGGGGCACGACCGUUCUCGUGCUGCAAAGGCUGCUACCUCUGCGACGGCUUCUCCAAUCAGCUUGGGAUCCCAACAGAUAUGAAUCCGUUGAAUGUCACGAGGCCGCAGGUGCACCAGAGAAUCCUGCCGCUCAGGAUGCGAGGGCAGACGCAAAGGCUGAUGUGCAGCAAGUGACAAGGGCCAUUCGCAGCGAUUGGUUUUGGAAUUUUGCUAGCAUGGUUUUCCACCUCAAUUCAGCCAAUACAGAAUUCCUCUCCUGGGUUGAGGGUUGCCCUUGCCAUCCGUGGGGUCGUAAUUCGCAAUCUUCAAGGAAGGACCGGCGGGAGCCCAGUCCUGCUCAGCAGCUUGAACAAGAUGCUCUAGUUGCCUUGACCACCUGUUGCAGAGAGCUGGGCUUGCCCGGUGAUGGCGACGGCCAGCGGUACUUGCCGUGCCCCCUCGCAGGCCUGAGGUCGUGUGAACUUGCGAGCGGCUCAGUGCAGGAACAGAUGUUGCAUCUCGUCGACAUGUGUAAGGAGGAUUUGUUGCUUGAGCUUUCACCCAUGCCACAGGAUGAAAUAGAUGAGAUCUUGCUUGAGUUUGAUCGUGGCAAAAAUUAUUUGAUAGCUACAUUUACUAACAAGUUCCAGCACUGGGGCAUGCUUCCUUGGCAGCUUGCAGCGUUGGCUAAUCCGGAUGAAGCCAAAGCAAGAACCAUUGCAGCAGAUUUCCUUGACAAGUUUGAUGCUUCAGAGCAAACUCCAGAGUUGCAUCAUCGCCUCACCUGGUCGUGGCUGAGGGAAUCACCCAACCUCCGUGCAAGCCUGGCCGCCUUUGUGUCUGGCCAGGCGUUGGAUUCCUUGCCAGAACUACAUCGAGCAGCCUUUGAACUUUCCUUCAUUCCGACGGUCGGGGUCCCAGCCUACCGUCGCUUUGCAAUAGGAACAGGAGGAAUUCAAACGUAUUUAGAGCAGCAUGUUUGCAUUCAGACCCAUAUGUUGGAGCAGGUGGAACGUCGACAAGAGGGGGAUCAUAGCCUCAUCAAGCGGGGCGCUUCCCUGCGGAAGGUCUUGAAGAUUUUUGAGUCCGGUCCGGGUGAGCUGUCCAGUAGCUUUGUUUCUGAGUUUGCCAGAAUACUUCAUCCAGACGACAUGGCCAGGAAGCUGGGUUUCUAUCGGCAUCCACUGUAUGCCGAGGCGGUGCAAGAUAAGGCAUCUUUCCACGACAAGCGGAAGCUUGCUGGAGUGUACAUGUACUCCUUGGACAUUGUUUCGCAAUACACGAUGCAGAAAGCAAAGCAAAAAAAACGAGAGCAGAGAGCAGCCAAGAAGGCCAGGGUCGUUGAGAAAUGGAAGAAAAGCAAUGCAGCCGCUCAGUCUUUCAGUGGUGAUGUGGUGGAACGAGAAGCCUUGGCCGAUCACUUGCAGUCAGUCGUUGCAGAGGGCGGCAGCAAUGUCUUGUUUUCUGUGCCACGUGCCCAAUCGCGGCAGUCCAUGCCAGUGAGGAGCUUGCAGGCGAGCUUGGUGCCUCGGGUGCGAGCCGUGAGUCAGUUGCAGCUUGAAGUUGAUGGCGAGUCAGUGCUAAGCGAUGCUGCCGAUUCGGCCGAUGCUGUUGCAGAUUCGUCAGACUUGACAUUUUUCCAGGUUCUUCCGUUGCAACUGCAUCGACAGAAGCUUGUGCAGAUGCCAGCAGCCAGCGCCCGAAGGCUGACCCAGCACGACGUGUGUGUCACUUUGCAUGAUUCUCGUCGAAGCAAUGGGAGGUACGUCGUUGCGGUUGAGGCAUCCAGGGCGACUUCGGUGCAGAGCCCUGUGGCAGUGCUUUCCGUUUGUGAUGCAGAGGUGGGAGCCAUACGUACUCAGCUGACUUCGUGGAACAGGCGCAAAUCGGGCAGCUGCAUUCUCGAAGGUGUUGCAGGUGUCGUUGUGCAGAGGGCAGAGGAAGCGAUUCGUAAGUUGAUGGCGUGCCGGGCGUUUCCCAACACCGGGAACGUGUUACAGCUGGCAAAGUCCGAUGCCCAGAUGUUGCAGCAGUUGGAAAGCUUGCGUGAUUGCAGUGUUGUUGAAUGCUUGGAAGACGGCCCGGAAAAUUCGAAGUGGUGCUUUUCCUUGGCCGGUGCCGGCAAGCUUCGUGUUGCAACCGAUGCACGUUGCCCAGAGCUCGUCUUUAAGCCGCUUGCCGACUUGUCUCUGGAGUGUCUAGAGUCAGGCACGUGUUGGCAGUUGUAUCAGGCGUUGCAGCAGAAAGGCUUUCAGGUUAAGCAAAGGCCCAAGUCUAAAAAAGCCGUUCGUCAGCUUGCACCCCUCACUCCUGAAAGUGCCGGUGCGGACUUGGUGUGGUACUUGUCAGGGACCAGCAUGCUUCGUGCUCGCAAGUACAUGAUCACCUUGAUACGUGCAGAAGAGAUGUUUGCAUCCGGAGGGUUGUCUCGUGUUUACCAUUGCCAACCUGUGCAGUAUUAUUCUGCUGUCUUGCACGAAGGACACACCGGUAGUCCAUUCCAAGCUGUUGCAGAUGAACCGGUUGCAGCUUUGCAGCUUGAUGUGGAACAGGCGCCUGGACCCCAGGCGCUGCUGGAUGCCGGUAGCCAGGAGCCCGCAGUGCCUUCACGCCCCAGCAAACGGGCCAGGCGUGCUCCUGUUGCUGAUGCAGUGCCGCCUGCGUCAAGUGCUUUUUUGGAUCCUGCAGUUCCCCCAGACCAGACUUCAGAUGCUCCCCAAGCUUUGCCAGAGAGCGACAGCGGCUUGUCUUCAGAGUCCCUGUCUCUUGCUGCGCAGUUCUGGACAGAGUCUGAGAAUGAAGAUGUAGCACAGCUGGCACAGGAGCAUGUGCAGGCCGAAGGCGGGGAGAACGAGGUUGGAUCGGAAACCCCGGCCCGGACCCCGCCUGGUGCAGGUGCGCUUGAUUCACCUUUGUUAUCGAAUCCUGGCACUCCUGCCAGUCCUCGCGAGUCUGCCGACGACAGGGCAGCCCUCGUCCUGACGAGCCGGAUGAAGGGGUUGCAUCUUCUGCUGGAGGCAGUCGGCCUUCUUGAUGGCACGGAUGAAGAGAAGCAGAGGCGACAGAGCCUGGGCUUGUCGGAGCUUAGCAUGGUAGCAUGGCUGUGGAAGCAGAUGCACCUGAUUUCUUGGAGCUCCGUGCCUAG